AACGAACUCGGCCCACAGACACAGCCCUCUCGCGAAGCCAAGUAACUCUCGCGAGGAAACGGAACAAAGGCGGCGUUCCCUGCCGGGAACUCUGGGAAAUGUAGUCCAGCUUCAGGAAGGUAGCGGCAAAAGACUGCAGGGGUUCCCUUAGCUAUGUGAGCGUGUUGACUGUGAAAAAAUGAUGGUCAAGUUAUUUCUUCCUUGAAUACUAAUUGGAUGGUCGGGAAAACGGAAAAACUGCAAGCAGGGUGGUGCAAACCUUGGCGUCAUAGGAUUGGGUGAAGUAUUCUGCUUGCAUGUGUCCCUGCAGGCCAGAAGAGGGCACAGAAGAGGGCACAAGAUCUCAUUACAGCUCCACUUUCCCAAGACUCUACUUUGUUGACAGAAGAAUCCAGAAGAGAAUUGGUCAACUCUUGAAAUUUUAAGUCAUGGCCCAAGAGCUGGUAACAUUCAGAGAUGUGGCUAUAGACUUCUCUGAGGAAGAGUGGGAGUGCCUGAAUAUAGAACAGAAGACUUUAUACACAGAUGUGAUGAUGGAGACCUAUAGCCACCUCAUCUCAGUGGGAUUCUGUGUUCAUCUGCCACACCUGUUCUCCUUAUUAGAAAAAAGAAAAGACCCAAGGAUGAUUUUGAUGGAUGAGACAAGAGGACUUUAUCCAGACAUAGAUUUCAGUUAUCAGAACAAGAAGUUAUUGAAAAACACUAACACAUAUGAAGAAUCAUCUCAAUGGGAAAUGAAGAAAUUUUUUAGAAAACACAGUCUUGAAGACUUAUGUUUUGGAGAUGAUUGGGAAGACAAAAAUCGAUUUCAAACACAUCAAAAUCAGGAAUACUUCAAGCAACUGACACUUACCUGUGGAAAAAUGCUCACUGUGAACCAACAUACAGUUUUGAGUCACCAGAGACUUAAUACAGGAGAGAAAGCAAAUGAAUUUAAAUGUGAAAAAGCCCUCAGUUUUGGAUCAGACCAUAUUCAUCCUCAGUUAACUCACCCUGGUAACAAAUUCCAUGAAGAUAAGGACUGUGGGAAAUCCUUUCUUCCUUAUUCAGAACUCACUCACUUUCAGCAAGUUCUCUGUGGUAAGAAAACUCAUCAACGGAAGGAAUCUAGAGAGCCAUUCAGUUUGCAUUCAAGAAUAUUUGGCCUUCAGGGAAUCCAUACUGGUGAGAAAUCUUAUGAAUGUAAGGAAUGUGGAAAAUCCUUUACUUUGAAGUCAAACUUAACCCGACAUCACAGAAUUCAUACUGGUGAGAGGCCAUAUGCAUGUGAUGACUGUGGAAAGGCCUUCACUCAGCGAUCACAUCUUAUUUCACAUCAGAAAAUUCACACUGGAGAAAAAGCUUAUGUAUGUGGAGUCUGUGGUAAGGCUUUUAAUCGUGGCUCAAGCCUGACUAAGCAUCAGAACAUUCAUUAUCAUGUGAUUAGUGCUGGCAAGAAAAUAUAUGAAUGUAUAGAAUGUGGCAAGGGUUUUAAUAGGCAUUCAAAUCUCACUCGCCAUAAGAAAAUUCAUGCUAGAUCAGCUCUUACUAGUCAUAACAGAAAUCAGGCUGGAGAGAAACCUUUUAGAUAUAAGAGAUGUGGAAAAUCUUUUAGAUUUCCUUCACAACUUAGUUUACAUAGACAAAUUCAUACUGGUGAGAAAUCUUAUGAAUGUAAGGAAUGUGGAAAAUCAUUUACUUUGAAGUCAAACUUAGCUCAACAUCACAGAGUUCAUACUGGUGAGAGGCCGUAUGCAUGUGACGACUGUGGAAAAGCCUUCACUCAGCGAUCACAUCUUACUUCACAUCAAAAAAUUCACACUGGAGAAAAAGCUUACGUAUGUGAGGUUUGUGGAAAAGGUUUUAAUCGCAGCUCAAACCUGACUCAGCAUCAGAAUAUUCAUUAUGUAGUUAAUGCUGGCAAAAUAAUAUAUGAAUGUAAAGAAUGUGGCAAGGGUUUUAAUCGGCAUUCAAAUCUCACUCGUCAUAAGAAAACUCAAGUUCAUGUUUCAAACUCAUUUUCAUAACAGAAAUCAGGCUGGAGAGAAACCUUUUAAAUGUAAGGAACGUGGAAACGCCUUUAUUCAAAAAUCACAUCUUACCAAAUAUCAGAGAAUCCACACUGGUGAACGUAACAAGUCUUUUUCUGUCCCACCAGCCAGCUCCCAAAUAAUGACAUAGAGACUUACUGUUAAUUAUGAAAGCUUGGCCUUAGCUUAGGCUUUUCCCACUAGCUCUUCUAACUUAAAUGAACCUGCUUUUAUUAAUCUAUGUUUUACCAUGGGGCUUUUUACCUUUCUUUCAUCUUGCACCCCCUGUUUCCUCUCCCUGUCUCCUGGCAUGUCAUGUGUGCCUAGAAUGUCCUCCUUCCUCUCUCUCUGCCUAGAAGUCCCACCUAUACCUCCUGCCUAGCUACUGGCCAUUUAGCUUUUUAUUAUAUCAAUCAUAGCAAUACAUCUUCACAGUGUACAAAUAUCCCACAACAGGUAAAACCCUUAUGAAUGUUCAGAGUGUGGUCAAGUUUUUCAUCAAUGCUGACGCAUCAGAAAAUUCAUACAGGUGUGAAAUGGGACUAGUGCGAAGAAUAUAGAAAAGCCCUUAUGGAUUGACAGCUGGGGAGUCUGCAUGGGACUGCACUAGGCACUCUGAAUGUGGAUGACAAUUGUGUGGCUUGAUGUGUUUAUGAGUCCCCUUAGCAAAGGGACCAGGACUUAUUCUGGGGCACAAACUAGCUUUUUAAAGACCAUUCCCCAUGGUGCAAUGCCUUACUCAGCUGUGAUGCAGUGGGGAGGGGCUUGGUCCUGCCCGAAUUUGGUAUGCCAGCCUGUGUUGACUACCCAAGGGAGGCCUUACCCCCUAUGAGGAGGGGAUA